AUGACCCUGAACUAGGAAACAGUAGCUGUCUGUAUGAUUAGUGAAACGAGAGAGUCUGCAAAGCAGUCAGCAUGAGGAUUCUUAGCAGUCUAAUGAAACUUGGCAGAACCUGCCCCACACCUCUUUCAGUAAAUAUAUCCAGUGGGAUAUUGCGGUCAUGCAGAGCUUUAACAGGAGGAAGACCUUUCUACGACAAACAACCUGAAGAAUCUUCCAGGCCAGUCAGCCGCUACCCAAUACCUUAUAAGAAGGAUUUGCCAUAUGAUAUGGUAGAACUUAUGGAAGAGGUAGAAAGAAGGGGUGGAUUUUUGCCAAAUGUCUUUAAAGCAAUGGCACACCGACCCGAUGAGUUCAAAGCAUUUUUUACGUACUAUGAUUGUCUUAUGAAUAAAGAAACAGGCAAUCUAACUAAGGCUGACAAAGAGCUUGUUAUUGUAGCUACCAGCGCUCACAACAAGUGCCCUUACUGUGUGACCGCUCACGGUGCACUGCACAGAAUAUAUUCAAAGAAACCAGCCUUGGCUGAUCAGGUUGUUGUCAAUUGGGAUCUGGCAGAACUCGAUGAACGAGAACAUGCGAUGGUGGAGUUUGCUUUAGCAAUUGCCAAACCAGAGAAUAUCACUGAAAACCAUUUCCAACAACUAGAAAAGCACGGUUUGAACCGUGAUGAUGCUUGGGAUAUUGCUGCGAUUACCGCCUUCUUUGCCAUGGCUAAUCGUCUUGCACACUUAAUGGAUUUGCGACCUAACGAGGAAUUCUAUGCACUUGGAAGAGUCCCCAAAGUAAAACCUAAUGAAAUACAUUCUUAAAAUGCAGUGAGAAUUGUCUGAGUUUAAUCUGAAGCCGGGCCACAAGGCAUUCUAGGACUUACAAGACUUUCUGGGACGCUAUCUGUACUAUAUUUUACUCCUCUCACAGCUCACUCCCUCAAAAGUCCAAUUGUAUCUCAUUGCCCAGUGCACUAGCAUUGCUAUGUGUCAGUAGAUUUAACUAGAUUUAACUUUUAAGCAAUGCAUUAAGAUUGGCAGUUAUGCUAAAAGAACACUUAAAAUUGCUAAAUUAGUCUUCUGUAUUAAGCCAUUCUGUUAGUGGAAUUGGCUGUUCUAACACUGUGGAAACUAAGAUUUGAUAUAUACCUGAACUUAUUGAUUAAUAAUGGUGAAUAAUUGUUAUAUUAAACAUGACUCUUGUAUAACAGGAAUAA